UCACAGAAAUUUCUAGUCCUAGUGUGACUCUGGCCCCAUGCUGAUGGGUUUCUGCACACUGGAAGAGGCGGGGCUCAUGUCAUGCAGCAUCAGGGAGAGGAAUUGCUUAUGUAACUGGGACAGCAGAUUUAGCAGAGAGAGGAGGCAGAGGCUGGGGAUGGGAGCAGUAAACUGUCGGCAGGGGCAACACACCCGGUUGACUGUUCCUCACAAGCAGGGUGGCAACAUCCGGGGUCCCUGGGCCCGAGGCUGGAAGAGCCUCUGGUCAGAUGUGGGAACCAUCAGGUCAGAUCUGGAAGAACUCUGGGAACUACGGGGGCAUCACUAUCUGCACCAGGAGUCCCUAAAGCCAGCCCCACUACUGAAGCCUCUGCCAGAGUGGCCAGUGCCUCAGUUCAUCAACCUCUUUCUACCAGAGUUUCCCAUUAGGCCCACUAGGGGGCAGCAGCAGCAGCUGAAGAUUUUAGGCCUUGUGGCUAAAGGCUCCUUUGGAACUGUCCUCAAGGUGCUAGACUGCACCCAGAAAGCUAUAUUUGCAGUGAAGGUGGUGCCCAAGGUAAAGGUCCUACAGAGGGACACUGUGAGGCAGUGCAAAGAGGAGGUUAGCAUCCAGCGACAGAUCAACCAUCCCUUUGUACACAGCUUGGGGGACAGCUGGCAGGGAAAACGGCACCUUUUCAUUAUGUGUAGCUACUGCAGCACAGAUCUGUACUCCCUUUGGUCGGCUGUUGGCUGCUUUCCUGAGGCUUCCAUCCGUCUCUUUGCUGCCGAGUUGGUCCUGGUACUGUGUUAUCUCCAUGACUUGGGCAUCAUGCACCGAGAUGUGAAGAUGGAGAAUAUUCUUCUAGAUGAACGAGGCCAUCUGAAACUGACAGACUUCGGUCUGUCCCGCCACCUGCCCCAGGGAGCUCGAGCCUACACUAUCUGUGGCACUCUUCAGUACAUGGCCCCAGAGGUCCUAAGUGGAGGACCUUACAACCAUGCCGCUGAUUGGUGGUCCCUGGGUGUCUUGCUUUUCUCUCUGGCAACGGGAAAGUUUCCAGUGGCUGCAGAGAGAGAUCAUGUGGCCAUGUUGGCAAGUGUGACCCACAGUGACUCUGAGAUCCCAGCUUCUCUUAACCAGGGCCUCUCACUCCUGCUUCAUGAGCUCUUAUGCCAGAACCCACUCCAUCGUCUACGUUAUCUGCAUCACUUCCAGGUCCACCCUUUCUUUCGGGGUGUGGCCUUUGACCCAGAGCUCCUACAGAAGCAGCCAGUGAACUUUGUCACGGAGACACAAGCUACGCAGCCCAGUUCAGCAGAGACCAUGCCCUUCGACGACUUUGACUGUGAUCUGGAGUCCUUCCUGCUCUACCGUAUCCCUGCUUGAGCCUCUCUACUGUAAAUUGGGGCCUGGUUGGGAGCCUGAAGAUCUCCAUCACUGCCCACUCAGUAUGACCACCUUGAUAAUCCAGUUUGUUUUUAUUUUGUAGCCUCUUACCAUUCUGUUCUCCUAGGCUUUAGACCAGAGUUCCAACCUUGAACAUUCUGCUACUGGCAGCCACAGCUGGCCCUAUUCCUUCCCUAUCAUACAACCUACCUCUCAAUUCAACAUCUCAGAUCAGGGUGGUGACCUUUUCCUUUUCUUUACUUCUCCAGUGCUCUUACCCUCAGGCUGUCAGCCAGGGCUGCUUCCGCUUGUUUCCUUUCUUGAGCAAUAAUAAUACUUCAUGGGUUCCCAGGGUGCUAUUGAUGUGUUUAAUAGGCUUGUCAGAAGCAAUAUGAAUUUUUUUUUUUUUUUUUUUUGAGACAGAGUCUCACUGUGUUGCCCAGGCUGGAGUGCAGUGGCACAAUCUCAGUUCACUGCAACCUCCGCCUCCCGGGUUCAAGUGAUUUUCAUGCCCCAUCCUCCCGAGUAGCUGGGAUUACAGGUGCACACCAUUAUGCCCAGCUAAUUUUUGUAUUUUUUAGUAGAGACAGGGCUUCACCAUGU